GUAAGUUACUAUUUCCGGUUCCGGUAAAAGUAAAUUUUAAAAGUCUCCUUUCUAAAUUGAGAUAUCCUGCUUUUUAAAUUAUAUCUCUUAAUUACAUGGAUGUUUCACCUCGAAAAUUGAGACCUAGACGAAGUGCUAGGAAGAAGAUCGAGGAUCUACAAAAGGAGAUUGAAGACGAGUGCAAAGAAGAAGGUAAAUCAAGACCUGAAACAGGAGCUUCCCGAAAACGAAAGCGUACAAGCUCUUUUGAGGUGUAUGAUACCGAUGAGGAUCAGCAUGGUUGGUCUAAGGGAGAUAAACUACGUUUGAUCCAGGGAUUACUCAAAUAUGAUAGCAGAGAUCUGUUAAAUCUGAGCAUGACGACAAAGAGAACUGUUAGUGAAUUACGGAGCUAUUUCCUACGUCUGCAACCCUCUCUUGGGAGCGUUUCAACAGUUUAUUAUUCUAGUCCUUGUCUGGAGGAGUGGGAAGCAAUGGUGAACAAUUUAGCCCUAAAGCACCAAGACUAUUCGACAUGUAUAUCAAAACUAUUUAACGCAAUUCAGAAAAUUGAAGCAUCACCGAAAAGACUCCCUGAGUCUGAAACUAAGCAAGAUCCCGGAGUUGAUUGGCCCUCUAUCUAUGGAUUUUUUUCAGACGCUCUCGCCGAAAAGCCUGUUCGUAACCUCAAGUUAUUAGAAUCAAAGAUAGUCUUAGAUGUCUUGGAAGAAUUGAAAAUAUUUUGCGACUGUUUCCAAGCUUCUUCCUGCUCCGAAACUGUUCAAGAAGCCGUAAGGCAAAUAGCUAAGAAAACGGAAUACGAGAGACAAUUUUCAAGGAAGUUUAGAAUUCCUGGUAGAAGAGUAAUAUCCGAAGCAAAAGAUGUCCCAUUCGAUUCUCUAAACCCUCUAGAUUUACCAGAGGAAUGUCUAAAGCUACGAAACAAAAAGGAAAUUGACGAGUUUUUGAAAGAUUAUCGAUUCGGGAAAUAUAUGGAAUUGGUUAAGGCUUGGCCAUACGUUUAUAAACUGGAUUUGUUCAAAGCUAUUAGAAGAUCCUCUGAUAAAAGUUACAAACUAUAUAAAGAAUUAGAUAAAACUUUACAACCUACAUCUAAAGUUAAUGCUAAACCAAAAACCUAACAUUAUCCUAUAUUGAAUUAUAUCGUAAUAAUCCUAUGUUAAUAGGAAAUUGCUCUUCCAACACAAUGAUUUUUAAUGAAAUAUCUAUUGAUUGUUUAAGCACAGUAUAUCGACUAUUGAUAUAGUGUAAAAACGUCUAAAACUUUAAUGUUAACAUUAACAUGUGCAGCUAUUUUGUUGGUGAUAAAUCAGAUUUUACUGCUAAUUUCUUCAAAUAUUCAACAUUUGGCGUCUUUUCUUGAAGAAAUACACUAUUGGUUUCAAUCUUUAACAAUUCGUUUUUCUCGUAUGGACAAAGAGGUAAAAAUAUCCAUCUUUUAAUUAAAAUAGCUCAGUUUGAUUAAAUAAUUCAAAAAGUUUAAAGUUAGUAUUGUUACCUUAAUCCUCUUCUAGAGAUAUUAAUUAAACGAAUAAGAACUAAACAAAUGAUAAUUAAGAGGAAAGCCGAUGCUAGAAAUGUACAUAUCAAAUGCCAAAAAUAAGUUUUUAGAUAAAAGUUAAGAUAUUCAAUAAAACUUGAAGAUGAUGACGGUUCAGGAUCAUAAUAAGUUUUCACGCCUUUAGCACCGAUAUCAAAGAAAUAAUCUAA